AUGGAACAAAAUUAUUUAGCGACAGAUACUGAUCUUUAUGCUGCAACAAACAUUUUUUCAAAAUAUUUGCAAGCUAAAUCAGAUAAUGAAGAAAAAGAAAUACAAUGUGAUAUUAUAAAUGAAAAUAAUUGUACGUCUUCAACUGAUGUUACUCGCUUAUCGUAUAAAGAGCGAUUACGAUGGCACUUAAAAGAAUUUUGCUAUAAAACUUCAAUUCAUGGUGUACCAAUGUUGGAAAAUGCACCCAAUAAUAUUUAUCGCAUGAUUUGGAUAGCAUUAUUGUUGGCUUGUGCAAUUGUAUUCGUCUUACAAGCAAUAUUCAUUGUUGCGAAAUACCAAAGAAAUGAUAAAAAUACCAUUAUUGAAUUGAAAUUUGAAACAGGUUAA